AUGCUGCGACAGGGGUUCUUCGCCUUCGGCAUCUUCUACGCUCUUCUUCCUACGAGUCUGGCGACAGCACCCACCACCCAUGGCAACCCACAAGGCGCGCAAUACAUCGCCGUUUUGCCGAAUGACUCGCCGUGCAGCGGUUCGGUCAUUGCCAGCUCGACCAUCGACGGCACAGGUGUGGGCAUUCAAGUCAGCAUUUCCGGAUGUCCAAGCGCAGGUGGCCCGUUCAUCCUGGACCCCAGCAAUGAAGAGACAGCGAACUCCUGCCAGCAGAGCAAGCCCGCCAUGUGCCCGGCUGGGGACCUUGCCGGGAAGCAUGGGUCAAUGGCAGGGCCAAACUUCGCAGCCAACUACAUCGAUCCCUUCCUUUCCACCAUCGUAGGGUCACCUGCUUUUGUCGGCAACCGCAGUCUUGUCAUCUUAGCGUCGAACGGCACUGCUCUCGCUUGCGCGGACUUCUCCAUGAACGGCGGAUCAUCUCCACCCCAGCCUGCGGUGGGCACUGCCCCUCCUCCGAUUGUCACUGCUGGGAGCGCUGUCUCUGUUGUCGUAUCGAUAACUUCAACUAUCACAGCUACCUCUUCGCCGCCUUCAUCUGAGGUGUAG